GCGCGGCAAUGGCGCGGGAGAAGGAGGCGGAGGGGGCGACGGAGGCCGAGGGGACGCCCGAGCUCUCGUAUCGGGAGCAGCUCGACUUCCUGAACCCCAUCGCACGGCCGCUCGCCUCCCGCAAGCUGACGCGCAAGCUCUACAAGUGUAUCAGGAAAGCGGCCAAGCACAAGCAAAUCCGUCGCGGUGUAAAGGAGGUCCAGAAGUUCAUCAACAAGGGGGAGAAGGGGAUCACGGUGCUGGCCGGCGACACGCAGCCUAUCGAUGUGUACUGCCACAUUCCCAUCAUGUGCGAGGACAGGAGCCUCCCCUAUGCAUACGUCCCCUCCAAGUCGGACCUGGGGGCCGCAGCUGGCUCAAAGCGCCCGACCUGCGUGAUCAUGAUCAAGCCACAUGAGGAGUACCAGGAGACCUAUGAUGAGUGCCUGCAGGAGGUGGAGGGGCUUCCCCUCCCACUGUGAAGAGCCGGGGUGCGUUGUGCAGCUCCGAACCCCCCCUUUUUUUGGGGAGGCGGCUGCGGGAGUUGGGGGGGGG